GUUAAGUUGCCUACGCCAAUUGCUAACAACACUCUCGUCAUGGGCUUGACAGUUAACCUCAACCUACGCGUAACGUUUUAGGAGAACCUGGAAAAUACAGGCGCGGUUCAAUCGUCGGAGUGUUCAAGGUCGUUGCGGUCAACUACUAUGAUUGGCAACAAGUUCUUCUUAGAGGUCAAACGGUUUAUUUCUAGCUAGCUUCCCGAGCUAAGUCGCUAGCUGUGUGAUAGCCUGCUAACUCGCUAGCUUGGCUGCACUCAGCUUGUGAGCGAGCGGUUGCCUCUUUUCCGGAUAACAACACUGGGAAAUAAAAUAAGUGUGUGUGUAUAUUAUAGGGAUGGUGCAGCCCCAACCUGAGGGUCCACUGCAGUGGGACAUGUCAGGAGAGGACAGUGGGGGGGCCCUCAGGGUCCCACCUGAGCUGGCGGCCAAUGAAGUGGUGACCCGGUUGCUCGGGGACAAUCAGCAGCUCAGAGAGGCCUUGCGGCGAAGCAACCUCGCCCUGCGUCAGCGCUGUGAAGAGAUGGAGUGUUGGCAGCGAAAGACAAGGGAGGACAGAGAGUUUCUUAGCUGUCGCUUCCAGGAGGCCAGGGCCCUGGUGGAGAGGUUGGCCCAGGAGAACUACUCCUUACAGAGCCUGGUGAACGGAUCAGCCUCCUUAUCUAACUGCUGUAGCUCCAGUCAGACUGAAGGUCCUUGUCCAACCAAGAAUGGGCCUACAGAUGCAUCACAGACCCUGGAUCAGCGGGACAAGAAGAGAGCAGAAGAGGCCGAUCAGCACACACAGACAACUCCGCCUCGCAGCUUGACACUGAACAACCACAAAGAAAAGCUGGAAGAAGGCAUUGAAGAGCUUCAAAAGAAGAAAGAGGAGCUAGAGAGGGAGAGGGACGAGGGCGAGAAAGUCCGAGAGCGAAUGCGCCGCUGCAUUGACCAGCUAUGGGCCAAACUGGCCCAGGCGCAGGCAAGCAAUGCUACGGAGGAGGCUGGUCAACAUCGCUCCGAGGCCCGGCACUCGUCUGACUGCUCUAGCCUGGCUAAACUCACAGAGCAGCUUCAGGCCACACAGGGCAGGUAUCGUGAGCUGGAGGAGAAGCUUGAUGACCUGCUUAAGAGUUCUGCUCAGCGUGACAGAACUGAGGCUCUUCUUAAGCAAAAAGACAAAGACUGUGAGGCUCUCAAAGCUCAGGCGACGUCUCUCUUAGCAGAAUUGAAGGAGAGGCAGAACUGCCUGGACAAAAGCGAGCAUGAACGCAAAAUGCUGGAGGAAAAACUGUGUAGUAAGGUGAAAGCCCUGCAGGUGGCAGAGCAAGAACUGGAGCAGCAGCGCAGUCAGCAUCACGUGAACAUGGACAAGCUUCUGUUGCAGAUUCAGAGCUUGGAGCAAGCCCUGAAGGCAGAGAGACAUGUUGUCACUGAGGAAAAAAAAAAACUGACCCAGCUUCAGCACGCCUACACGUGUCUCUUUAAAGACCACGAUUCUAAACUGAAGACCGAGGGGGAUUUGUACAGCCGACUGGAAGAUGCAGAGAGAGCGCUGGCUCUGAAGCAGGACCUGAUUGACAAACUGAAAGAGGAGGCGGAGCAACAAAAAGGCUCACUGGAGACCGUUCCAGUCCUCACCGCGCAGGCUGAGAUCUACAAGGCAGACUUCCUGGCAGAACGAGAAGCAAGAGAGAAGCUGAACCAAAAAAAAGAGGAGCUGCAGGAUCAGCUAACUCAGGCUUUGACUGAGCUUGACAGGUUCAAACAAGAAGCCACAUCUCGGGCACGCAUGGAGCAAAUGAAGCUGAGACACCAGGAGGACUUUCCGGCGCGGGUCCCACAUAUUCCAGCUCCACUAGGUGUGUUUUCAGUUGGAGCUUUCAACACGGCACCCCCGCCGUCGUACCGCAACCAAGGCCCGGGGCAGAUCGGUGAUCAUGGAACAGCAGGAGUUGAGGAGCUGCCAGACUUCCGUUGUCCCAAGUGCCAGUACCAGGCUCCAGAUAUGGACACGCUGCAAAUCCACGUCAUGGACUGCAUACAGUAACAGAGUCCCUCAUACACACACAUUGAACAGCCAUACCGCUAUGAUCUCGUAAGGGCGAAUGGAAUAACACAUCAGUGGGUGAGACUUUGACACAUGGGCAUCCUCAAAGUUGACAUGUGCAGGAGCGGCCGAAAGAUAUUUGGAGAAGGACAACCGGUCAACCGAUGGGGUGAUUUGUACGAAGUAAAGUCGAGCCUUAGUUGUCAGUUUGCCAUGUAGCUGCAGGCCAGUUAGUGUGUCCAUGUGCAGAAGAUCCAAAGUGCCCACAACAGGACCAUGGAACAAUGUUGGCAUUAGUCUCGGCUUUUUUUCUCGCAAACCGUUGGUAUGGGCAGUGUGAUACUUUUGAAAAAAGUUACGAUUGUUGUUUGACGCUUACAAAUGAUUGCAGACCAUGUAUAUCCGUCCAUGGAGACAGUAUCACUUGGGGACUGUUGCAACAGAACGUUGAGAAUUACCACAUACGGGAUCUGUUGUGUGUAACACCUCGAGCUCCUGGUGUUGAAUGUGGUCUCUGAAGUCUACACAUUUCAAUCUAACCAAGGUUCUUUCCAAAACAAAAAAAAAGGAAACCCAAGUUUGAUGUCAACGGUCCCGUCAGAGCUGUUCAAGUUCAGUAUUUGGGUGAAGGUUGUAGUGGUAUGGCUGAUCAGUGUCGACGCUCUGUAUGCAGUUAGGAAAACGUUUUUUUUAUAGUUGCACCAUAACUUGCGCACACGUUCACAAUCACGUAAACCAGGGGUGGCCAAACUUUUUUUUUUUUAGCUGAGGGGCACACACUGACUAAUCAAAGGACCCGGGGUGCCAUUUCGGUAGUUUUCACCUUCAAAACAGUACAGUGCAUUGAUUUGUUUCUAAUGAACUAUAAAAUGCUCUUUUGGUAGAAAGUUUUUUGUGAAUGAUGAAUAGACAAAACCCAACUAAAAUGCUAAAAGCUGGCACGCUGACCCAGAUAGCAUCAAGUAACAAAAAUAUAAGCAAAAUGAGCUAAAAAAAAACAAAACAAGCAUGAUAACAGUACUAUAUUAACAAGCUAACAAUAGCAUGCUUACUGUUAAUAUUAGUGACAUAUAAAAAUAUAUGACACUGGUGUACAGUGGGGCAAAAAAGUAUUUAGUCAGCCACUCAUGGUGCAAGUUCUCCCACUUAAAAUGAUGAUAGAGGUCUUUAAUUUUCAUCAUAGGUACACUUCAACUGUGAAAGACUGAAUGUGAAGAAAAAAAAUCCAGGAAUUCCCAUUGUAGGAAUUUUAAAGAAUUUAUAUGUAAAUUAUGGUGGAAAGUAAGUAUUUGGUCAACCAUUCAAAGCUCUCACUGAUGGAACGAGGUUUUGCCUCAAAAUCUCACGAUACAUGACCCCAUUCAUUCUUUCCUUAACACGGAUCAAUCGUCUUGUCCCCUUAGCAGAAAAACAGCCCCAAAGCAUGAUGUUUCCACCCCCAUGCUUCACAGUAGGUGUGGUGUCCUUGGGAUGCAACUCAGUAUUCUUCUUCCUCCAAACACGACGAGUUGAGUUUAUACCAAAAUGGAUACAUGGAUGAUACAGCAGAGGAUUGGGAGAAUGUCAUGUGGUCAGAUGAAACCAAAAUAGAACUUUUUGGUAUAAACUCAACUCGUCGUGUUUGGAGGAAGAAGAAUACUGAGUUGCAUCCCAGGAACACCACACCUACUGUGAAGUAGGUGCAAACAGCCCCAAAACAUCAUGCUUGGGGCUGUUUUUCUGCUAAGGGGACCGGACAAUUGAUCCGUGUUAAGGAAAGAAUGAAUGGGGCCAUGUAUUGUGAGAUUUUGAGCCAAAACCUCCUUCAAUCAGUGAGAGCUUUGAAUGGUUGACCAAAUACUUAUUUUCCACCAUCAUUUACAAAUAAAUUAUUUAAAAUUCCUACAAUGUGAAUUCCUGGACUUUUUUUUCCACAUUCUGUCUCUCACAGUUGAAGUGUACCUAUGAUGAAAAUUACAGACCUCUGUCAUCAUUUUAAGUGGGAGAACUUGCACAAUCGGUGGUUGACUAAAUACUUUUUUGCCCCACUGUAUACCUGCUAAAUUAACUAAACAAUUUUGCAUGCUAUAAUGUUAGCAUGUUAAAAUGCUAACUGUAACAUGCAUCAAGUACCAAAAUAUAUUACUCUGAAGUGUGUUCCUAAAAAAAAUUUUCUAAAUCCUAGCCAGCUAAUGUUAGCAUGUACCAAAAUAUGACUGAGGUGUAUGCCAACAAUUUAGCUCAGAAAAAAAAAACUAGCAUACUUACAUUAGCAUGUUAACAGGUAACAUUCAUCAAGUAAUAAACUAUUAGACAUUGAAGUGUAUACCUGCAAAAUUAGCAAAGAAAUUUAGCAUGGUAAUGCUAGAUUGCUAACGAAUGUGCCGCAGGCCUUUAAAAAAAUGAGCAACGAGCCGUAAAUGCCCCCCGGGCCGUACUUUGGACACCUGUGGCGUAAUCUAAUACGUGUGAUUAAAGUGACUGAUGGAAUCGAGGCUUCCCAAACAAAAAGGAAAAAAAACUCUUUCUUCUGACCUGGUCUACCUAGUCUCUGCUGGAGCUGUUCCAUUCUAAAAUCUCCUUUCUUUCUUUUUUUUUUUUUUUAUUCAUUUCCCAUGAGCCACCUCCUUUUCAUCCCUAAUUUUGUUGCCAAAAAAAAAGUGCAUUUUAUCAGACUUUGCACAGAGUUUGUCUCUCCUUACCGUGCAGAGUUAGCGGUGUAAUGCAAUGACUAUUCUUUGAUUGAAACUUUCACUGUAUCAGUCGUUCAUCUUUGGACCUAAGAUAAUAUAUUAUAAAAAAAACAAAAAAAAAACAGGAAUGUUUUUACAAUUCCCCUUAAAGGUUGAAUGUGAGUCAAUAACCUAGUCAGCUUUGAAUAAAGUGCAUAUUGAAAUAUUUUGUCCUAAAUGUUGCAAGUCCACAUUACCUCAAAACAUUAACAGUUUGUACAAGAGAUGGUUUCACUCGUCUUGACCGAAGUAACCCUUCUCUGUGUUCUGUGUCCGUGUAUGCUGUUGACUGCAUAUAUUGUGUACUCUCCUGUAGCUGUUACUUACUAGGAAUGUAAGAACAUUGAGGUCAACGUUUGUGUGAUGAUUGUCUGUAAUUGUGAAUGCUGUGUUGGCGCAAAGAAAAAUCGUUUAGAAGCUCCAAAAUAAAUGAGAUAUCUUUUUGGCCCAGG